UUGACAAAUAUUAAACGUAGUAAGUGAAAGCGAUAUUUCUCAUAGUUUAAUCAAACAGUUAGAAUAGAAGACUGGCUCUUUGUUUAUUUUCUAUUCGAGGCUGAGGUGUCUGAGUGGACUGAUGCGGACACUGAAAAAAGAAUUUGGAUGUGUCUCUUGCCAUAUGUACAAAGAAUAUAUACAAGAAUAUAUACAAGCGCGUUCUGACUGAAAGCGAAGGUGGUGGUUGAGUAAGUGCGAGGGUGAAGAUGCCAGCAAGGAAAUAUUACUGCGACUACUGUGACAAGCAAUUCCAAGACACACCAGCUGAUCGGAAACGACACGUUAAUGGUAUUCAACACCUCCAAGCCAAAGCUCGCUGGUACGAUUCCUUCAAUCAGCACCACCAACAAAUCCCUAAUCCUCCCCUUUGCUUUCACUUCCUCAACACGGGUUUUUGCCGUUACGGCCACUCUUGCAAGUACCUUCAUCCCACUCCCAACAAUACUACACAGCACGCUCCAAUUCCCUUACCAGGGAAUGUGGUAGGAGUGUCAUUGGGAAAUUUGCCCCCGUCGUUGCAGCCUCCGCCGGAGGCUGGAUAUCCCCAUCUCCCCUUUGUGGAUUGGGGAUAGAUUUGUAGCUAUUGAGUCUCUGUGUGUAGGGAAGAACUCUGUUCAUUUUUCUUUGUUAUUAUUAUUAUAUUAUUAUUUAACUUUUUAUCUCCCAUCACAUAACCCCACAACUUAUUUGGAGUUUUCAUGUAUCAAACGCUAUCCAAAUCUAUCUUAAUGUUCAAUCAAUACUAAUAUAAUAUAAUUUGAUAGUGGA